UAGUAGAAGUAAGGUUGCAUGGGAUCAAAGCUCUGGCAGAUCUGCUUUUACCAACAAAUACUUAAAAGAGAUCAUUUUCAAUAUUUCCUUCUGAAGAAUGCUACACCUUUGAAUCCAACUAAAGGGGGGAAAGGUCAGUACAGGCCUGGUAUUGGAAGCCCUCUGGGAAAGUGGGUUUGUUAUUAUGAUCAGUAAGUAUUGCAAGAAUGUUCUGGAUAUUAGGAGCCAUCAGAGUAAAGGCUUGCUGUCACAUUUUGCAUAGAUUCUGGCUAGCAGUGGAGGACCUGAAGAAAAGGCCUAUCAGAGAAGUGCCCUCGCGAGUUCAGGAAAUAUGGCAAGAAUUUCUGGCUCCAGGAGCCCCCAGUGCCAUUAACUUGGAUUCUAAGAGUUAUGACAAAACCACACAGAAUGUGAAGGAGGCCGGACGGUACACGUUCGAAGAUGCUCAGGAGCAUAUUUACAAACUGAUGAAAAGUGAUUCAUACCCACGUUUUAUAAGAUCCAGUGCCUAUCAGGAACUUCUACAGGCAAAGAAAAAGUCGGAAAACUCAAUGGAUCGCAGAACAUCUUUAGAGAAAUUUGCACAGAACGUGGGCAGAAACAUCCCUAUUUUCCCAUGCCAUAAAAACUGUACACCAACACUGAGGGCCAGCACUAACCUGUUAUGAAAAGAGGUAGAA